CGCGAUUGUGAUUGCGCACGAUGCGCAUUGUAUUUCAAGAGGAGCCUGACACACAGGCAGACUCCGAUACAUCCGAUCAAUGGCUUGACGAGGAUAUAUGGGGGUUGCCUGACGACGGAUUUCCUACCGAAACAUCCGAAAUGCAGGAGGAAGUGGAAGCCGCGGUGAUGCCCCUCUAUGCACGGUACAAGUGGAAAGUACCACCUGAACCCUUAACAAGGUGGGUUUACUAGAGCAGCCCAGUGUCAGAUUGCAACGAACCCUACACAUACGGUAUCUCAAGUCUGGUUUGGAAGGUCUUUCGAAGCGCUUCGUAGUCCUAGAUGCCAGUCAGCCUUGGCUUGUAUACUGGAUGCUACAUGGGUUAGAUCUCCUCGAUGAACCAUUGUCGCAAGAGGUAGCAUCGCGGGCAGUCAAAACAUUGGCUCGGUGUCAGAAUUCCACUGGUGGAUUCGGGGGAGGACCUGGCCAAAUAUCACAUGUGGCAACAACAUAUGCUGCUGUAAAUGCGUUGGCUAUUGUUGGGACACAAGAGGCGUAUGAUUUGAUUGACAGAUCGGCACUGCUGGAUUGGCUCCGGCGACUAAAGCAAGCGGACGGAUCUUUUCUCAUGCAUGAAGGGGGCGAAUUGGAUGUUAGGGGAAUUUAUUGCGUAUUAGCAACAGUCAAACUUCUAAAUAUCGUAAGUCCCGACCUGGCCGCAAAUUCAGAACAGUUCAUUGCUUGCUCUCAAACCUAUGAAGGAGGAAUUGGUGGAAUUCCAGGUGUAGAAGCUCAUGGUGGUUAUACAUUCUGCGCCUUUGCAGCGAUGGAACUUUUAGGAAAAACAGAGCUCCUGGACCUUGACAAAUUGUCAAGAUGGCUGUGUUUCCGACAACUAGCAGUCGAAAAGGGAUUCCAAGGCAGGACAAAUAAGCUUGUGGAUGGGUGCUAUUCAUUCUGGCAAGGGGGGGCUUUCCCGUUGCUUGAAUGUGCAUUAGCUAGACGUGAUGGCGAUGAAGCGGGGAAAGUGGAUCUCUUCAAUCGAGAGGCCUUACAGGAAUAUAUUCUUAUAUGCUGUCAAGGAGAGCGUGGAGGAUUGAAGGAUAAACCGGACAAGAAUCCUGAUUAUUAUCACACUUGCUACGUCCUCUCUGGUCUCUCUAUAGCUCAACACCGAUAUGCAUGGGAUCCUGUACAGGAGGACAUUAUUGUGGCGGAUGGAGAACGGGGGCCCGUGGUUGUAGGGAAUGGGCAAAAUUUGUUGCCUGCAACGCAUCCUGUACAUAACAUCCUUCCUCGACAUGUAACGCGCAUACGAGCGCAUUUUGCUCAGGAGCUUCCUGAUGCUUAAAAUAGACUAUAAUUCUCAGAUGGCCUUAUCAGAAAACCCUGAGAGGACCAAGAAAGACUUCUUCUGGAUUAUCUGCCAGCUGGACCUAUUACUCCAAAACAUGAGUCGGAC